AAAUACACACACACAGCUGCAGCGUUAGUGUCUGGGAGUUGGAGUGAGAAGGGGAGGGCUGAGCUCCUGUUGGAUAGUGCAGUGUAGCGAGCGCAGCGUAGUGAGAACAGACAGGGUGGAUGUGGGGCUGCAGGGGGCUGCAGACUCCGUUAGCGACGCGGCUGAGGAUCCAGGAGACGGCACACGGCACGGAGCUGCUGCACCAGGCUGCUGCCCCAGGCUGCCGUCCCAUCCCCAGGCUCCCCCCCGGCUCCAGGGCUGCUCUCUGCCCCACAGGAUGUGACAACAGGCAGGUUAGAGGUCAGGGGUCAGGAUGGUAGCAACAGAGGUGGAGGCAGCAGCAGGCCGGAUCAGUGAGGACAGAGACGCCAUGGAGGAGCCCACGCCCGACCCCGCCUUCGUGGACGUGGACCAAGGGCUGACGCUGGCGGGAAUCGCCUUCCUCUGCCUCCUGCUGGUGGCCAUGAUCAUUCGCUGUGCCAAAGUUAUCAUGGACCCCUAUAGCGCCAUCCCCACCUCCACCUGGGAGGAGCAGCACCUGGACGACUGACCCCGCGCCCCCCCCCCCCCCCCCCACACCUGCGAGAGGCAGGGGUGCCGCACACCACAUCAGCGAGAGGCAGGGGAGCCGCACACCACAUCUGCGAGAGGCAGGGGUGCCGCACACCACACCUGCGAGAGGCAGGGGUGCCGCACAUCACAUCAGCGAGAGGCAGGGGUGCCGCACACCACAUCUGCGAGAGGCAAGGGUGCCGCACACCACAUCUGAGAGAGGCAGGGGUGCCGCACACCACACCUGAGUGGCAGGGGUGCCACACAUCACACAUGCAUACCACACGCCAUGCUUGCACACAAACGUGUGUUCAAACAUACAUGCAUAUGCACACACUUACACAAACUGUUACUCAUCAUCGUAUAUAUGUACACAUGCACGUACAGUAGACAUACCGCACCCAUAUGCAGGCCGGCACUGACCUGCCUGACCCCUGCUCAUCUCUCAUCAGGGAAAAGAUACGCGGUACAAUGCCUGAUGAGGAACAUGGGAGCAGCCUCAUCUUGCAGUUCAUGUGCCAGCCUCUGAACUGGGUUUCAUACACUUCUGUCAUUGGUCAGGAGCACAUGCAGGUUAAUGUUGUGUGGAUACGCGUGCCUGAGUGGACUUAGCCUCAUGUAGACCUGCUACUGUGGCAUCAUGGACAGAUGGUCCAUUUCUCCUGUUCAGGUCAGAAGCUGCUGUGCUUUUGUACAGAGACACUGUGCUAAAUAGACAUGGGGAGCCUCAUGUAUACUCCAUGUAAAAUGAUUCAGUUUGCAACACCUGUACACUGCACCAGUUUGCACAAUGUAAAAUAGAUAUCCUUAUUUAUUACAAAUAUGCCCAGAAUGAUACGAAAUGCUUGUCAAACUGCAUUUGGAUCUGCAUGCUAUGAAGUGCCUCAGCUAAAGCCUGGAUCCACUGUAGCCUUUACAAUAGAGCAGUGCACUGUGGAAUGAUAAAUGGAUAUGAUAUUGUAUUUUAUGAUACGAUGAUGUUGCAGGCCAAGGUUGGCUCAUCUAUUGCUCUUAUAAAUACAAUGAAUAAAUAAUACAGAUUUUCAAACAAAUAAAUAUGACUUUACUUUGCAUUA